AUGUAUGCAUUAAGGAUUCUUGCAGCAAAGGUGAGUCCUACCAAGGCUGUCGCUGCAGUUCAUCAAAGGCAAGACCUGGUGCCUGAGAGCAGCAGCAGCUUGGGAGCGUUCCUGGAACAUGAUAAAGUCAUACGAGUUGUUCCUGAGAGCGAGAGGGAAACACAGAUCCUGAGGGCUGCAUUCAACAGGCUUAAGGUGGACUUGUGGCAGCCCAGCAGCCCCUUCCACAUGGUCGAAGGCGCCGUUGCUGACGUGCGAGUCCCGCAGAACGCGACGCGGAGCCUGCUGCCCUUCCUCCAGCAAGCAAACAUCCCGUACACGAUUCUCAUAUCAGACCUACAGCAAGCAAUAGAAAACCAAACUGCAGGGAGGUCCCAUAGGAGUCGAAGGUCCCUCCCUGGGUAUAACUAUGAAGUGUACCACUCCCUGGAAGAGAUUGAGGACUGGAUGCAUUAUCUGAAUAGAACUUAUUCAGAUCUUGUUCAGAUGUUCUCUGUUGGAAAAUCCUAUGAAGGGAGACCACUAUAUGUACUCAAGUUAGGUAAAAGAUCACGGCCCUACAAGAAAGCUGUCUGGAUAGACUGUGGGAUUCAUGCAAGAGAGUGGAUUGGCCCAGCCUUUUGCCAGUGGUUUGUGAAGGAAGCUCUUCAGACAUACCAGACUGAUCCUGACAUGAGAAAGAUGCUAACUCAGCUGUAUUUCUAUAUCAUGCCUGUAUUUAAUGUGGAUGGAUAUCAUUUCAGCUGGACAAAUGAUCGAUUUUGGAGAAAAACAAGAUCAAAGAACAUGAGGUUUCACUGCCAUGGUGUUGAUGCUAAUCGCAACUGGAAAGUGAAAUGGUGUGAUGAAGGAGCUUCACUGCACCCGUGUGAUGACACUUACUGUGGUCCUUUCCCCGAGUCUGAGCCUGAAGUCAAGGCUGUUGCUCACUUUCUCCGCAAGCACCGGAAACAAAUAAAAGCCUAUUUGUCCUUCCAUGCCUAUGCACAGAUGCUGCUGUACCCUUACUCCUACAAAUAUGCAACCAUUCCAAACUUCAACUGUGUGGAAUCAGCAGCCUAUAAUGCUGUUAAUGCUCUCCAGUCAGCCUAUGGUGUAAGAUACAGAUAUGGCCCUGCAUCCAGCACUUUGUAUGUGAGUUCUGGCAGCUCUAUGGACUGGGCUUACAAAAAUGGCAUCCCAUAUGCAUUUGCAUUCGAGCUCCGUGACACUGGCCAUUUCGGAUUUUUGCUUCCUGAAAUGCUGAUCAAACCAACCUGCACAGAGACCAUGCUUGCAGUUAAAAAUAUAACUCUUCACUUGCUGAAGAAAUGUCAUUGAGAUGGAUUUCUAGGAACUGGAAGUAAACAUUUUACUCCUAGUGCCGAUGCCUUUCAGUGUGUUCAGUUGCCAUUCUAAGUCUGGCCACUUCAGAAUUCCAGAAGCUAAUGGGAAAUGUGAUAUUGUUUCUGCCAAAUUCACUUAGAGGAAAAUGGAAAAAAAAUCAUUCAAUAUCUGCUCUUCUAAAGUCCAUAAAGCUGAUAUACUAACUUAGUUACCAGUUUGGUGCAGAAUAUUUUUGCAAUAAAACCUUUAUUCUGCAAUUUCAGUGAGGCCAGUUCUAAAAUAAAGUGCCACUUCCCGGCAGUUCCAGGCCUUAUGCCUUUCCCUAAUAUGAAGACCUCUCAGGGGGUCUCUCGAACCAAGGGACAAAGUUUACAUUCAUGUAAAUAUACCCUGUGACCCAGCACAGGCCUGUAUCUACAGCAGUAAAUGCCUUAUAGUGGUAGCUGGCUGCACUGCAAGUGGCAGUGUGGCUUUCUUCUGCGUGUAUACGUACCUGUGUACAUAUAUGCACUUUUGUCAUUUUUU